AUGGGAAUCGACUUGAGUUUGAUUUUGGGUAAGCAGGUAACUUUCCCACUAUUUUGCUACGUUUCGUAUCAAUUGUAUAAAGAUCUGGUUUGUGGCGAUGCGAAACAAAUUAAUUCCAGUGUGAACAUUAGUGACGAUGUUUUCGCUGAUGAUAUUGAUAAGAAAAGUACUGCGCUAAAAGAUAACGGUGAUAAGCAAGAAGAGAGAUGGGAACCUGUGAGUUUCAUGAAAGACAUCCAGCCAUCUACAGCAGAAAGGGAUUACAAAUUAUGGUUCGAUACACCACCUUUCCCUUACCAACCUUUCAAGCCUGGUGAAUACAGAUUAACAAUGGGUGUAAGGCCGAUGCCAAAUGAAUAUUGGCUAGUGUUUGAAAGCACUCUUAAAGAUAGAAUAGAAAAGAAGUGGGAUGUGAUCAAAAAUAAUUACAAGGAUGUGAUAUACCAUUUGGAUCCCGCUAUGAUUAAUUGCACUACUUAUGAUAAUGCAGCUAUCACAGACACCACAUUAGUCACGAUAAAGGAUGUGGAAAAAGCUGACCUAACGGUUUGUGAGUGGUACAAUACCCUAGUAAGUUUCUUGAUCGCAAGGUUCCCUCAAUACUUCACUGUGGUGCUACAUCCAAAUGAUGAAACACCCGGUGUCUUGUACAACAGCAUCAUGGACGAGUAUCAUCCAGUGGAUGCAUUCCAUUAUCUCAAAUUACAAAGUACCGAUUUGCAGUUCUUGAAAUACCGGUGUUGUAACAUAGACAUCAUACCAGAAGAGUUGAAGGAUCCAUCAAACCUAUUUGAUGAGGUUGGAAGAAUUGCCAUAGUAACCACAGAAAAGACGAAGAGAGCUCACGAGUUGAUUUUGGCGGUACAAAGAAUGGUUGAAGAAGAUUUAGUACUGUUGUCUCCAAAUGCUAACGGCCAAUAUAAUAACGAAUAUAUAAUGAUUUCGGGAUGUUUUGCAUUUGCAGCAGGGUUCAAUCCUCGUCAACGAUUCCUCAAACCCAUGACACAAAUCCAUGGACCUGUUCCAGAAUAUAAGCAAAAAUUACAGACGCAAAUGAAUAAAUUCUUCCAAACUCACAAACCCGGAAAAUUAGUGAUGAGGAUAAACUUCUCGUUCCAAACACAUUCCAAACUGUUUGUCACAGAUGAUAAUAAGGGUACAGAGGAAGAGGAAAUUCGUCCGAAAACUUUAGAAGAGAUGCAUGGAGGUCAUGAUUUGCAUUACAGAUCUGAAAGACAAUGUCUAAUCAAAUUAGAAAACUCAAAAUCAAUGUGUUUUUCUAUCAAGACGUAUCUAUGGAACUUGCAAGAUGAGUUCUUAGCAAACGAUUACUAUUCACAGGAAGGUGUUAUUCAGGAUUUAUGUGACGCAGUGAAAGGAAUGCAAGAUUCAAUUGGACAAUACAAGCGUAAACCCGAGUGGGGGCCAGCAUUGCUUGAAAUGCUUGAAUCAGCAUUACAUAGAAAGUUGUAA